AACAUUGUUGUGAAAAUCUUCGAUCUAAAUUCUUCUCGAUAAGGUGAGAGGGAAUACAAUAUUAAGAAUGAAGAAGUCUGACGUCUUUGGCUUUGGACCUUGGAAAAUAACCACCACCAAAGGAGCUAUUCUUAAAGCGAAUGACGCAGAGAGAAUCUCUUCUGAGCUGGAGCUUCCUUCUCUUCCUGAAAUGGUGUUCGGCGACAAUGUUCUGCAGAUUGAUCAUGCUGCAGGAUUUGGGAUUCAAUUUAAUGCACUGGAUGCACUAAAACUGGUAGACAAUAGGCACGACUUGAUGAAGGUUGCUGUUGCAGAAGAAUGGCAAAGCAAAAGGCAGGAUUCAGAAUAUAUCAAAGAGGUUAUAAAACCUUUUGACUGGACAUUCACAACAGAUUACAAGGGUACAUUGACUGGAAAAGAAGAGAUUGUAUUUCAGGUUGAGCCCACCAAAGAGAGAAUAGAUCUAGAACAGCUGAAAGUUAAAGAAAAGAUAUAUUUCUAUGAAGACAUUAUAUUGUAUGAAGAUGAAUUAGCAGAUAACGGCAUAGCAAAGUUGAAUGUCAAAAUGCGUGUUAUGCAGGGAGGUUUCUUUCUGUUGCUGAGAUUUUUUUUGAGAGUAGAUGGAGUUCUUGUUAGGAUCAAUGAUACAAGAAUUCAUCACAAGGCUGGCACUUCAUACAUGUUAAGGGAAUAUUCAUCCAAAGAAAGAAAAGUAGCAGACCUCUUAGAAUUAAAGGUUCCAAUUACAGAUCCGACGCAAUUAGCUGAACACUUAUUUCUCCGGUACGAGACAUUUGAGAAACUGUCUUUUCCCGAUGGCAUUGAUGCAUUGUUUGGUGUUGAAUCCUUGGUCAGUUAAAAGUCAGAUGUAUGGCAGGGCUAUCUGAAGACUUGUAGACAAAUAAAAGAAAUGCUGGAAUGGAUUCCACUACAGGGAUUGAGGAAGAAUAGACAAAAAAAUUUUGCUUUGAUCAAGAAUACGGCUCAAGGUUUACUUUCAACAUUAUUGUCACUGGAAACCUUCGGGAGAAAGCCAUUUUUGCCAUCUGACCAUUGAGACUGAUCUGAAGGGGAGGGAAUUCUCGGCCAGACAAUCACAGUGUACAGUAUUUGCCCUUCUCUGUCUAGGCUAUUGCAGACGAUGCUGGUAGUAAUCCAUAAACUGUUUCAUUCGAGUUUAUAUUUGGCAUGUCGCGCCGCAGACAGUUAGACUCAAAGAGGACGUGCCGCAUAAUUAUGAAAAGAACUCACCCUUAAAGUCACGCAGGUUGUAUACAAGCUCUAUGAACAAGAGGGAUUUAUGAACAGGAAAAAAAAUGGCUGAAUUCAGCACAAGUUGCUGAGAGGCACACCCAGUGUUGCCUCUUUUUGUGGAAACUGUAAAAAAAAGCUAAUUGAAUAGUCAGCUGUCUUUUACACUUUGUCAAUGAAAUGUAAUUGAAACUUGUCAUAGAACACUGUGAGUAGGUACCAGUCACGGCUGAUCAAUGAAGGCGAACCUCCUUAAUUCAUGAUGCAAUCAGUCAACCUCUUACAAAAAACACCAUUGUGUAAUUGUCGCUUUUCGCAAUUACGAUUUGAUCUUUUUACUGAGAAGGAGCAUUCAUUUUUUCGUCUUGAGAACGCACUUAGUGCUUGAAGAGAG